UCCAUAUACUACAUCGCCAACUUAUAUAUGCUUAAUGAAGCAAUGCACUUUGCUCCCGCUCCCAAAACUGCUCAUUGUUCUAGCGAUGAAAUUCGCGAUUCCGUUUGGGGAAAAAUCUGCGACUUGGCCCCUACCACUGGCAAUCAUCAGGCUGAAAAACCGAAGUGCAUCGCGCAGAGAAUUGAAGGUGACAUCCACCCAUCUUUUAUUCAACAUACAUAAUCACAAUCAUCGCAGGCUGCUAACCCUACAGCAUGGCCUGUAAGUUGCUCGAUUGUACGGCUACGAAAGAGAUCAACGCCAGCGCAGACAUUUCCGGUGGCGGGGUCCUCGGUGCUUUCUUUACAUCUGCCUUUCUUACGCUUGCUGCAGUCGUUUAUGGCUAUUUUUCCAAAUCGCUGCCAGAGUGGUAUUUUGCCGAAAUUGACCAUGCGACGAUAUCAUACUCGAACAGGAAGGCACACAAAAUACUCGUGGAGCCGUGGUCGAAGGCCAAAACGAAAAUCUGCACAAUGUUAGGACUCAAACUAUCACCCCGACGCCCUGGCCUGUCGCGUGAGCAACGGCAAGAGGUUGUUACACGUUUUGUUCUAGCCCUCAGCGAUCAGCAGCUCGUGACUGGGCUGGCGAUUCUUGUGGGGACGCUGGCGAACCGCUGCACGUUGACCGUGUACGACUACAACAUGGCAUUCACCCUUGCUUGGUUUUCGGCCAUUACCCACCUCGCCACACUGGAUGUUCUCAGAGAUUAUUUGAUCAAGCAUCGGGCGGUGAGGAAUUGCCGUAUCAUUGCCAUGCUUGCUAUGCUGGUUCUACUCCUGUUCUUCCUGGCAAGCGCGACGGUUCGCCGGGACGACAGUGUACCGAUUCAGUGCCUGUUUGUCCAACCCGAUGUUGAACCUAUUUACCCCCAAAUGGACGUCAUAUAUUACAUGGCAGUGUCUGUCACGGCCAUUUUCCUCCUCGCUAACUACAAAAAGCGAAUCCAAUGGUCAUUGGGAAAGACCAGUAGACACUUCUCAUCUGCUUACUAUCUUGCGUAUAAGCUUCGAAUCCGCUACGGCCACAUUUGGAAUGAAUUCACGGACCUCUCGGACGUGACCAGAGACAAUAAAACUCUCUUUCUGGAGCGUCUAGCUACAGACAGAUCGUUCGAUUGGCGUCGAAAGUUGCUUCGAAGAAUAAAGAAGACAUCCAACUUCUGGGUCCACCAAUACUACACACUUUCCUACGCUACCCACUUGUAUUCUAAAUCAUACAUAUCCCUUGUGCCUGACAUCUUGUUCAUGGUUUCUUAUGGCCUGACUCAGACUAUUGGAGCUCGCUGGAUCAACGAUCCCAUAUAUUACAACGAUGCUUCAACCUCUGAUGCUAUCCUCGUCUACCUUGAUUCAUCUAUGGGGUUUGGACAGGUCACACCCAUACUUCUCUUAGCUCUCCCAAUACUCACGGCUGCAGAGAUAUAUUAUGAAGCGACAAACAAAGAGAUCUUCGACGAACCUAGAGACGCGGGUGAGAUCGAUAACACUUCUGCUGUCCAUUCGAGCGUCAACACAGAAUCAGUGCACCAAGUCACAGAUGAUGUAGAGAUUGAUGUGUUCCACCGCGAACUAUUGGACGCGCCUCAGCCACUUGAAGAAAUAGAUGACUACGAGCUGGAACUUGCGGCCACAGCAUAUGACAAUGAUCUCUUGCUUAUCAAGAAGUACUUUUACCUUGAGCCGGUAUUAAUUGAGAGAAAGCUCGAGUCUCUCGACGAGGAGGGCGUAACCCUCCAAGACGUAUGGGCCGAGAAGAAAAAAUUACAUGAGGCAGCACUGAACCUCGACGAUAUUCAUCGGAACGAACCCUAUCAGGACGCAUGUACGGCGGUAUUCUUUGUCAAUUCAUCCAUCCCCAUAGCUGCCGGGAUAAUCUUAAACAUUCAAACCGGCCCCUUCCCCUUGACUGAAUGGAAUCCCCUCGUAGGUAGCAUUCUCCUCUUCUCUUUUCUUUUCAGUCGCUUUGGCUCCUACUAUCAGAGACUAGUGGGGUUGCUUUCUGCUUUGCAGGAUAAGGAAGCUACGUCCAAAGUUUUGAGCUCCAUGAGAGACGACAGCUCCAUGAGAGACGACACCACCACUUGA